AUGCUUGUUAAGCUUCUGCUGCUUAGUUUGGUAAUAUCUCAAAUAUGUUUUCUGUUGGUAUCUCCUCGAUAUAAAUCAAGGUGGCCAUUUGCAUGGUAUUACACUAAGGUAUUUAUCCCAUUCCUCAAGGACAACAAUUCCCACAGGUGGAAGUUCUUCAUCGUACCAUGUUUCUAUUUAUCAUUAUAUCUCUAUAUUGUCCUGUUAUACUAUUUAAAAUUACAUCCGAUAGUCUACCCUCAUAUCACAUGUUUUGAAAAUGUCAUCUUAAUUCCAAGUUUUGUGAUGAGUGUAUUAUAUUUAGGAAUUGCUACCGUCUUUGUCAAACCACAAAACUCAUUGGAUUCUAAACUGAAUUCAAAGAAGCAAUAUGAAUAUGAUAAAAUUUUAUACUAUCCUGACACUAUUUGUCGUACUUGCCGUAUUGCCAAGCCAGCACGUUCUAAGCAUUGCAAUAUAUGUAACAGGUGCGUUCUGUUGGAAGAUCAUCAUUGUGUAUGGGCAAAUAACUGCAUAGGUAAAGGUAACUUCAUAUAUUUUUAUGGAUUUUUAAUUGAUAAUACUCUGUCAUUAAGCUAUGGGUUCUUAAGAUUACAAUAUUUAUAUCUUAGAAAUGUAACACAAUUGCCAAAGGCCGCUUUGACGAUGAGCAUUUUACUUGGUGUAUUUGCCAUCAUUGUAGCUGUUUUUACUUACAUGGAAUUGAGUAUUAUUUCGGAAGGUAUGACCACUAAUGAACAAGAUAAAUGGUACGUUGUUCAGAAUUUUAUGAGAGACGAUAAGCUUGUACGGGACACAAAUGGAAAUUGGUAUUUCAUUGACCCAACGGACAUAAAUGAUAUGAAUACACCUACCAGAUUUUACAGCACCAACCCAUAUGAUCACACAGUGUAUUCCUUAACUGAUUAUACAGUUAUACGGGACCCCAGUGAAAUAAAUAAUAUCUACGAUAAAGGGGGUUUCUGGGAAAAUUUGAGAGAAUUACUGGGUUAA